AUGGCCUCUGCUUCUGCUACUCUUCUCAAGUCAUCUCCUGUUCUCGACAAGUGCGAGUGGGUCAAAGGUCAGACCCUUCGCCAGUCUCCAGUGUCUGUUGUGAGAUGCAACCCCGCUUCAGCAUCAGCUCUCACCAUCCGAGCUGGUUCCUAUGCUGAUGAGCUCGUCAAAACCGCGAAAACAGUUGCCUCACCUGGGCGUGGUAUUUUGGCCAUGGAUGAGUCAAAUGCAACCUGCGGGAAGCGUUUGGCAUCAAUUGGGUUGGAGAACACUGAGGCUAACCGCCAGGCAUACCGUACCCUACUCGUCACAGCACCUGGUCUUGGUCAAUACAUCUCUGGUGCCAUUCUCUUUGAGGAAACUCUCUACCAAUCAACUGUUGAUGGAAGGAAGAUCGUUGACAUCCUUCUUGAGCAGAACAUUGUCCCUGGUAUUAAGGUCGACAAGGGUUUGGUGCCCCUGGCUGGUUCCAAUGAUGAGUCGUGGUGCCAAGGUCUGGAUGGUCUUGCGUCUCGCUCAGCUGCAUACUACCAGCAAGGUGCCCGUUUCGCCAAAUGGCGUACUGUUGUGAGCAUCCCCAACGGUCCCUCUGCUUUGGCAGUCAAGGAGGCUGCCUGGGGUCUAGCUCGCUAUGCUGCCAUUUCACAGGACAAUGGGUUGGUCCCAAUUGUGGAGCCAGAGAUCUUGCUUGAUGGUGAGCAUGGAAUUGACAGGACAUUCGAAGUAGCUCUAAAGGUGUGGGCUGAGGUCUUCUUCUACCUUGCUGAGAACAAUGUCCUGUUCGAGGGUAUUCUCCUCAAGCCUAGCAUGGUUACUCCAGGAGCUGAGUCCAAGAACAAGGCCACUCCUCUGCAAGUUUCUGACUACACCCUCAAGCUCCUCCACAGGAGAAUCCCACCUGCUGUCCCUGGAAUCAUGUUUUUGUCUGGUGGACAAUCUGAGGUUGAAGCAACCUUGAACCUGAAUGCGAUGAACCAGUCUCCAAACCCAUGGCACGUGUCCUUCUCCUACGCCAGAGCCCUCCAAAACACCUGCUUGAAGACAUGGGGAGGUCGCCCAGAGAACGUGAAAGCAGCACAAGACGCACUUCUUUUCCGUGCCAAGUCCAACUCUCUCGCUCAGCUUGGAAAGUACACUGGAGAGGGUGAAUCUGAGGAAGCCAAAAAGGGAAUGUUCGUAAAAGGCUACUCCUACUAA